AACAGCUCCUUGCCUCGCGCUGCAGGCGAGCUCAGCGCGCAGGAGCCGCAGGUGAACGGGCUUCCCAAAAAUCUCUCCUCCUGCCUCUCCCAGCCGGAGCCCAUGGCGGAGGAGAAGACCUUCCGCUACGGGUUCAUCAUCUUGGGUUUCUUCCUGGUGAUGGUGGGGAUGUUCAUCAUGAGCGUGGAAAAGCCCCAGUACUACAUCACCUUCUGCGUCCUGGGUGUCCUGCUCGUAGCCGUGGGCAUCACGUGGAGCAUGUGCCAGUGCUACCCAAAGAUAACGUUCAUCCCUGCGGACCUCGAGGCCGAGCGGUUCCUGGAGCAUAAACCCAUGGUGCUGCCGCAGAAGGACACCGGCCUGAUUGCCCCCUGCCCCAACCAAGAGGCCAGCAGCACCUACGAGAAGAGCCUGCCAUCCUACGAGCAGAUACAGAGGCAGGAGGUCAGCUCGGCUCCACUCCCACCCUCGGCACAGCCCAGACCCCGCAGCUGCUCCCAGUCAGCCGUGCAGGCAAGAGCAGAGAUCCACCGGGAGCUCCAGGGUGCUGGGGACCCCUUCCAAGAUCUGCCAGCUCGCCUGGAAACAGCAGCAGGCAGCAGCCCCGCCCGGCCAGCGCCGGGGGAUGCUCCGCUGGCCUCCCUGCUGGAGGAGAUGGACACGCCAUCGCUGGAGGGCUCCGUGCCCGGCAGCCCCACGCCACAGAGCCGGACCCUGCCCUGCAGCACCCCGAGCAGCUCCCCGACGGGGGGAGAGCACCCCCGAUCCCCUCGGAAAGGCUCCGGGGAGGAGGAUGACCUCUACUACGGGCUCCGGGAGGAGCCGGAUGCUCUGCUCAAGGAGAGCGAUGGACUUUUUGAGCCUGAAAACUGAUUUCCUGGAAAGAAUGGCCACUGGGCAUGGACUCGCCUCGUGGAGGGGACACACGGGUCACAGCCUGGAGGAAAAGGGGCUGUUCCCAAAAGUGCAGUGGCCCCAGGCUCCUGCCUGCCCCUGUGCCGUGCUGCACCCCUUGUGCACACCCAGCCUCCGGAGGCUGUCAUUUCCCCCGAACACAAAGGGGGAGCAACAGGAUAUGAGACAAGGCACCCUCGCCAAAGGCAUUUGGGUGGGCACAGAGAAGCUGGGCUCUGCAGGAUCUGGACUAAAUACUGUGCUUGGGAAGGGAAAGGAUUGGCUGUGCUGUUUGGAACAUGAUCAGCUUUAGGUGGGUAAAACGUGCUCAAUGCAGGUGGGUUUUACCAGACUUUGAGAUGUCCUC